AUGACACUUCCCAUGAGUGAACAUCCCAUCUUCUCUCCUAACACUACAAAUAUGAUAUACCACAAAAAGUCAGCCUCAUGCACUGCAAUUCCUAGCUACACAGAAUUGCAUUCAAGGACUACAUCGAUGACUAGCAUGUCUGGCAGCGGUGCUGUCUCAUCCGAGAUCACACAACGUCCUCCUAAGCUUGAACACCAUCCCAAUCAAAACUUAAGCACAAGUACCAGCAGCUCACAAACCCCCAGGAACAACGCAUCAUCACAGAGUACAUCUGCUGAGCAGAAUAGUAGUUUUUCUAAAGAUGUAGUAAAAAGUGAAUUGUCUUCUAUGCUCAUUCAGAGUAACAUGUUCUCCCUACCAACUGUCUGCAUCUUCUCACAGAGCGCAUUAGCCAAUGAAUAUUCAAAUGAAACCGAGAUUGCUCCAUUUGUUUACCCAGUUACAACAUCUCUGGAACAUAUAACAAUGCUUAUUGGUAUGCUUCAAUCACUGCUGAGAGUGGUUGAUGAGACAUCUACGGGGGAAGAGGAAGAAGAGGACGAGGAAGAAGAGGACCAGGAUGAUGAAGGAAGUGGGGAGUGGGAUAGUGAGGAUACUAUGCUGGAUGAAAAAAGUGAGGAUAAUGUAUCAGAUACAGGCAAUUUUGCCAUCCUUGGGUUAGGCGCAUUCAAGGUUUCAUUGUGGAAUAAGAUGUGCGACCACAUUCUAGAUGGAAUAGUUUAUAAAGAUGAUCUGUGCUUGGUCAUCAUAAUGUCCCCACGAUUUUCAGAUCGAAUGAUCACAAAACAUAUGCAGCUUUUAAAAAAAUCUUUGUCCGAAUCACAGCUUAUAAAACGGAGCUUUUCUACGGAUAAAGUUGGCGAGCAUUUGGUAUCGUUGGCCCAUUAUUGGUUUGAUCAGCCAGAUGAUGAUGAUAAGGACAUUUGA